UUUUUUUCGGAAUAAGUGAGUUUACAAAUGCGCGGAGUGAAGGACUAGGGAGAGAUUCUUGAAGAGAUAUCAUGUGCGAAGCAGUACCAAGAACGUGGCUGAUGAAACCAGAACUCUGCAGUAGUGUUCCGGCUGGUGCUCUGUCACCUCCAGCCACAUUGUCACCACCGAGUAGUCCAUGUGUGAUGGUGGCAUCGCCUUGGAGUCCAGGUGGACCAACUGGUGGUAGCAGCAGUUCAAGCAGUGGCAUAUCAAACCGUUCGUCGAUCCCAGGACUAGCACCUGACCAGCGUCUCAGUGCCUUUAGCUUUGUAUCCGGUUACUCAAGUGAUCCUAGAAUGCAGAAGCUAGCACAUGCACCCGCAUCAGUUUCACAUGUGUCAGACAUGCGAUCUGGUUUGUUAUACGGUGGUUACAGUUCAGCAUGGUGGGCACAUCAUGCGGUGGGUCUUCUUCUACCACAUUCCCUUAUGCCACCGCGAAUUCCACCACAAACAACACCAGUUGCUGAACACUCACCAAUACAUCAGGAGCCACUUAGUCCAGCGCGUGCAACAUCACCCCGUAGAUCUACCCCGGAGCGAGCGCAGUUUUCAGUGGAAGGAGCAGCUCGAUUCUCCGAAGAAGAAGUCCCCCUCAAUUUAAGUACCAAACCGAGUGAUGUAUCAUCAUCGAUAAAUCGAAAGAGUGAAAUCUGGUCACCGGGCUCAGUGUGUGAGCGUGAAGCACGCGAAACCUCUGCGCAAAAUUCACCAUCUACAACAACGCCGAUAAUCACAAGACAGAUUCACCACUCACCACUCACGCCACCCUCCUCUAACGAGCGUACCUUCCAGUGCAAGCAGUGCGGCAAAGCAUUUAAGCGAUCGAGCACACUCAGCACUCAUCUGCUAAUUCAUUCAGAUACGAGGCCCUAUCCCUGUCAGUACUGUGGGAAGAGGUUCCAUCAGAAGUCUGAUAUGAAGAAGCAUACGUACAUCCAUACCGGGGAAAAACCCCACAAAUGUGUAGUCUGUGGCAAAGCAUUCUCUCAAAGUAGCAACCUCAUAACUCACAUGCGAAAACACACUGGCUACAAGCCCUUCCAGUGUGGCCUGUGCGACAAAGCAUUCCAGCGCAAAGUUGACCUGCGAAGACACAGAGAGGGACAGCAUCCAGCAGCACCAGCACUCGAUUAUCGUUCACUCCAAGUACCAAAUUCUAAUCAACACUCGCGAUCGCCAAUCUCACCGUCCUACCACAUGAUACCAAUACCGGGGAGCAGCUGAGACCAAAAACAAUUUAUUCGGUUUUUUUAAAUAAAAUGAAAUGUUCUAUCGGCUGGACCAAUGAAUUUCUUCGUGUAGAAAUUAUUUUUUUAAACGAAAUUUUAAUCUCCCAUUUUUAUUUUUGUCGACAGACGAUGAAAAUUAUUUCACAAAUAUCGAACCGUCCAAAAAUGUUAAUGAUAAUUUGUACAUAGUAAUUAAUUCGGGGAGUGAAAUUACGAUUAGGUGGAGCUACGUACGAGUGAAUGAAUUCAAUAGAGUGCCUUUGAAAAUAUUCCGGGUUCUCUUUGGUCACUGCAUAUACCUGAAACGUAUUUAUUUCAAUAUUUUAGCGUAACUCGUACUAUUUAUAGACGAUCGAUUAUUCUUUCUCUUCAUUUUUCUGUUUACAGUUAUUUUCAUUCACACACGUGUCAUAGUCCAUUGAAACCAAAGCCGCCCGUUUCUGAUUUGUGCUUUUAAUUAGUCUUUUUGGGGGGAAAAUGAGAAAAAUUAUUUUUUUUCAAAUUGUGUAAAAAAUUGAGUACUUAAUAUUCCUUUGAGCGCUUGGGCAUUGUAAAAGGAUUUCAUAGCGGCUAGAGGACCAAAGAUAUAUAGAACUUAAGGCUGGUAUCGACGGGACGGAUACAGUGACUUCGACACGGAGAGGAAAGUUGGAUAAAAAAUACCUCGAAAAUCGUGACUAAUUUUACUUUACACUGUUUUUUUUUAAUUUCAUGGGAGAUGUUUUAGUGAAUCUCAUGAGGGUGAUUUUGAAUCGGAUUUGGGGAAAAGAUGGAAAUUUCACAAUUUGAUUGAAGUUUCUGAGGAACAUGAAUAUUCAG